UGAUGCUGCGUGGUGCCUUCAGGCUGCAGGAGGUGUUCUCCGGGCCUCUGAGGUUCGUGUCUGACGGCGUGUUCGACGACGCGUGGAGCAAACGGCUCACGGACACGUUGGCACCGCGGGGAUACGUGAAGGUGUCGUCCAUCCGGAUGCAGGGUCUGCUGCUGCUCUGCUUCUGUCAGCUGAAGCACCUCCAGUUCAUCAGAGACAUCCAGACCACAUACACACGCACAGGGAUCUACGGGUACUGGGGCAACAAGGGCGGCGUGUCGCUGCGCCUGGCGUUCUACGGCCACGCGCUCUGCUUCCUGAACUGCCACCUGGCGGCGCACCUGGACCGCGCCGCCCAGAGGCUCGGAGAGUUCCGGCACAUCCUGGACACGCAGGCCUUCCCCGGGCCGGCGGCGCCCAGGAUCCUCGACCACCGGCUGGUGUUCUGGUUCGGGGAUCUCAACUUCCGGAUUCAGGACCACGGGAUGCACUUUGUCCGCUCCUGCAUCGACGAGCGGACCUACGACCUCCUGUGGAGCAAAGACCAGCUGACGAUGAUGAGGAAGGAGGAGCGGGCCCUGCAGGAGUUCGAGGAAGGGCCUCUGGACUUCCCGCCCACGUACAAGUUUGACCUCGACUCCGACACCUACGACAGCAGGCUCCACAGGACCUGGUUUGGCUUUACCGGUAAGAAGCGUAAACCCGCCUGGACCGACCGGAUCCUGUGGCGGCUCCGGAGCCACGGCGGCGGCGGUGGCGGGCCCCCCGAGGAAGAGGAGGAGGAGGACGAGGAAGAGUACCCGCUGAGGAUCAGGCAGGAGUCGUACUCCAGCAACAUGGAGUACAGCAUCAGCGACCACAAGCCCGUCAACAGCGUCUUCACGCUGGAGCUGAGGAAGAAGGGUGACGCCCCUCUGGUCCGUCUGCAGCCGGGCGGCGACUGGAGCGCCGACACGGACGCCAUGGUCCUCUACAGCCCGCUGCAGCCGUUCCCCUCCAGCGUCUGGGACUGGAUCGGGCUCUACAGGGUGGGGUUCUCCAGCGUCUCUGACUACAUCACCUACGCGUGGGUCAAAGAUGACGAGGUGUCCUCCAGCGAAGAAGUCGUCCAGGUGUACGUCGGUAAAGAGGAAAUCCCGGUGCGGGGGGGCGAGUGCGUGCUGUGUUACUAUAGCAACCGUCUGCAGUGCAUCGUCGGGGUCAGCGACGCGUUCAAGGUCCACGAGUCCAAGCUGGCCGGUGAGGAAGGUCUGGUGUCCGAGCAGAACAGAACCUCCCCGAGAGAAGACGACCUCUGACCUGUCCGCGUGGGACAACAUAUAGAAGGUUUAUUCCGGAUGGUCUGAACCACAACGGGGCGUUCAGGUACGCGUGUUUUAUACGGAAGAACUGUUACACAUCCUUUCAUGAGCGGUCUCUCUCCUUGAGAGAAGAGUCUCUGGGUCUCAUGGAAACUGUGAACGACCAUCAACUGACUGGAAGUUUCCCUCGAAUUGGAAACGUUAGUUUGUUCGGGUUCAGUUUAUUUACUCUCUAAACUAUAUAUAUUUAAGAUAUAUAUAUAAAUAUAAAUAUUCCCAUUGUUCACUCUGCUUAUCGUGUCCUCACAGUAUUUUAAUGAACUUGUUCCUGAAGGACUUGACACACAUAAAACUAUUUAAUAUAACUUUUACCUUUUUGUUUGUGCGGAGCAUUAGCUGAGGUUCAACAACAACAACAACAACAACAACAACAACAUGAGUUCAUUCCCUCAUGGAGAACAUAGAGAUAUUUACUCCUCAUUGCUGUGCGUAUUUAAAUAACUUUAUUGAUACUGAUGAAACGUUACAGACUCAAAGUGCCUUUUAGUGUUUAGAUUUUAAUGUUCAUCUUUUAUUAUUUAUGUUAACUUUCAGUCGAUUGUUAUUGGCUCGCUGGAAUCAAUUAUAAGCCAAUGUUUGUGUUUAUUUUUCUUCAUUUUAUUAUAUAUAUAUAUUUAUAAACUAUUUUCUGAACUAUUAAAUGUAAUGUACUGAGAGAAUAUUGAAAGGUGAAUAUCUUUGUGCACAUAUUAAAUAAUUCUCACUUCA